CAAUAACUAACAGCACAAUCAUCCGCGUCUCUCUUCCGGUAUUCUUUCCCAUGUCGACGACAAAGGUAACUGGGUGCAGCUCCGUCCUCCCAGGGACGGCACUGCCGGUGCGGAAGUCCUGCUGGAACCAUCAGCGAAAAGCCCCUCUUCGCCUGAGCUUCAGCAAAGGCGCUAUGGCUGUGCACGCCUCCAGGCUUCUUUCCACGCAAGCACGCUGCCGUGAGUUCUUCUGUCCUACUCCUCUCCUCCACUGGGCUUGUGUGAGGACUCAGAGGAUUUCUUCUUGCAGCGCAUAUGUUGAAACGAGGCUGGAAGGACAAACAAAUUCAAGAUCGACAAAUGUGGAACGUGCGACUAGGAUCAAGAAGCAGCUUCAGAAGCCUGAAUUUUUGCCAUCUUCAUAUGACACGGCAUGGGUGGCUAUGGUGCCAUUGGCGGGUCAUCUUAAGACGCCAUACUUCCCUCAAUGCGUUGAAUGGAUAUUGCAAAACCAGCAUGGCGAUGGAUCUUGGGGUAUCACUGAAUAUGACUUAUCAGCCGACAAGAAUGUUAUGUUAUCUACAUUGGCAUGUGUUAUCGCACUUAAGAAAUGGAAAGUUGGCCCGGAGCACAUAACUAGAGGACUAAAUUUUAUUGGAAGAAAUUUCUCAACUGUUAUCGAUGAGAAAAUUGACGCUCCUACUGGCUUCAAUAUCAUAUUUCCUGGUAUGGUUCAACUUGCCAUUGAGAUGGGUUUGGAAUUUUCAGUUACAGAAAGUAGUGUCCGUGGGAUUCUUCGCCGCAAGGAAAUGGAAAUGGAAAGGCUUGCGAAGGAUAAAUCUUAUGGAAAAGAAGCAUAUAUGGCUUUUGUUGCUGAAGGGUUGGGAAACUUGGUGGACUGGAAUGAAGUUAUGAAAUUCCAGAGAAAUAAUGGAUCAUUUUUCAAUUCUCCUUCCACAACUGCUGCUAUCCUUGUUCACAACUACGAUGAGAAAGCCCUCCAGUACCUAAAUUUGCUUGUCACUAAAUUUGGUAGUAGUGCAGUACCAACAAUGUACCCACAAAAUAUACAUUGUCAGCUAUCAAUUGUGGAUACACUCGAAAAAAUUGGAAUAUCUCGAUACUUUUCAACAGAGAUAAAGGACAUCCUCGACAUGACAUACAGUUACUGGUUACAAAGAGACGAGGAAAUCAGGUUGGAUUUGGAAACAUGUGCAAUGGCGUUUCGCCUUUUACAGAUGAACGGAUAUGAUGUUUCCUCAGAUGAGUUGUCACAUGUUGCUAAAGCCUCCACUUUCAGUAGCUCACUUCAAGGAUAUUUACAUGAUACCAAAUGUAUAUUGGAGCUUUACAAAGCUUCCGAAGUUAACUUCUCAGAAGAUGAACUGAUCCUAGGUUACUGGCCGAGGAAAUUAUUGACCAAAAACUUGUGCUCUGAUGGGAUGCAAAGUAUAUCGCUCUCUGAAGAGGUCGAGCAUGCUCUUAAAUUUCCCUUUUAUGCCACCGUGGAACCAGUAGAACACAAGAGGAACAUUCAGAAUCUCGAUACCAGGGUUCCUCGGAUGCUGAAGAGGAAAAACUUGCCACAUCGCGUCAAUCAAGAUCUUCUAGCUCUGGCAAUUGACGAUUUCCGUAUUUCACAAUCUAUUUACCAGGAAGAACUUCAUCACCUUGAAAGUUGGGCGAAAGAGAACAAGCUGGACCAACUACAAUAUGUACGGAAGAUACUGACGACUAGCUAUCUCUCUGCUGUUGCCGCCAUAUCACCACAUGAACUUUCUGUUGCUCGUGUUGCGUGUGCCAAAACUAUUUUUCUCACAAUUAUUUUUGAUGACUUGUUUGAUGUUGCUGGAUCAAAAGGAGAACUGGAGAGCCUCAUAGGAUUAGUUGAGAGGUGGGAUGAGCCUCACAAAGAUGAGGAAUUCUUUUCUGAGCGAGUAAAAAUUGCAUUUUUUGCUCUCUAUAGAACAGUGAAUCAGCUUGGAUCAAUGGCAUCUAUAGUACAAAACUGUGAUGUUACAAAGCACCUGGUUGAACAAUGGCUACACUUACUAAGGUCUGAGAUGACCGAGGCAGAGUGGAGGAGGAGCCAACAUGCUCCAACAGUUGAAGAAUACAUGACACCUGCAGCUGUCACAUUCGCACUAGGCCCAAUUAUCCUCACAUCACAGUAUUUUAUUGGAGAGAAACUCUCAGAGCAUGUCGCCAAAAGUCAAGAUUACAACGAGUUGCUUAGGCUAGUGAGCAGGUGUGGCCGUUUCAUGAACGAUAACAGAACCUCUGAGAGGGACGGCAGAGAUGGUAACCUGAAUUGUGUUGUACUGCUUGCUCUUCACAGUGGUGGUUCUAUGUCCAUAGAAGCGGCUGAACAGGAGAUACAUAAUUCUAUGGUUUCAUGUACAAGAGACCUGCUAAGAUCGGUUCUUAGAGAAGACAGUGUAGUUCCUAGGCCAUGCAGGGAAAUGUUCUGGAGGUUUUGCAAGACAAGCCACUUGUUCUACUUCCGUAGUGAUGAAUUCACCUCACCAAGGGAAAUUGUUGGAGCAUUGAAUGCUGUAAUUCACGAGCCACUGAAGCUCCAAGCUAGCCGUCCAUCUUUGGUUGCUCGACCCGAAUAGCCAAUGCCGGAUUACAUGAAUCUCGUCCUACUCAUAUUCAUAUAUAUCAAUCAUCAUGAACCAAGAUCUGGGUUGCUUAUUACAUGUUGGUGGCUUUUCCCACUACCUCAACUGCAUGUAGCUCUACUGCUCUAAUGAAGCAUGCAGUUUGUCUCCAAAGAUGGGAGAGAUCAAAAAAAUAAAACAAGCAUAGACAACCA